AUGGGCAGGAGAUCCCGUGUCUUCCAGCAAACAAACCGUCUGCUGCUCGAGUUCUGCGACCUUGAGGCCCGUGACCCCAGAAGACCUGCAUACAUUGGAGUCAAGUCCCCAGCGCCGGACCGCAUCACGUGUCAUCAAACACGGACUGACACUUGCAGAGCUGGACCAAUGGGGGCCGGGGCUGACGAGCACGUGACGAGGCCCUGUCCUAACUGGCUCAAGUGUCGCCACAGCAAGCGUGGAGUAGAAACAGAACUGUUGAUCAUGGUCAAUGUGCUGAUACCAGAACUAGCAUCAAGACAAUCCCCACAGAUACCAGAACUAACAUCAAGACAAUCCCCACAGAUACCAGAACUAGCAUCAAGACAAUCCCCACAGAUACCAGAACUAACAUCAAGACAAUCCCCACAGAUACCAGAACUAACAUCAAGACAAUCCCCACAGAUACCAGAACUAACAUCAAGACAAUCCCCACAGAUACCAGAACUAGCAUCAAGACAAUCCCCACAGAUACCAGAACUAACAUCAAGACAAUCCCCACAGAUACCAGAACUAGCAUCAAGACAAUCCCCACAGAUACCAGAACUAACAUCAAGACAAUCCCCACAGAUACCAGAACUAGCAUCAAGACAAUCCCCACAGAUACCAGAACUAACAUCAAGACAAUCCCCACAGAUACCAGAACUAACAUCAAUCCCCACAGAUACCAGAACUAACAUCAAGACAAUCCCCACAGAUACCAGAACUAGCAUCAAGACAAUCCCCACAGAUACCAGAACUAACAUCAAGACAAUCCCCACAGAUACCAGAACUAGCAUCAAGACAAUCCCCACAGAUACCAGAACUAACAUCAAGACAAUCCCCACAGAUACCAGAACUAACAUCAAUCCCCACAGAUACCAGAACUAA